AUGGCACCGGUCCUAUACCAAUGCACGGUUUGUUUAAAUCAUUAUAAAAUAAAACCGGACGGUAAACUAUAUCGACAUGGAGGCAAAGUGAAGGGCCAGGAAUGCCCUGGUUCGUUCAAGGCAGCCGACCAGCCUCCGGCGGGUUCAUCCGCUUCCGCGCGACCGCCUCUUACCGCUGCACCUGUCAUCAAUCCUCAUGUUGUUACACGCGGUUCUCCGGCGUCAGUCUCGGAGAGUCCCUCCCAAGUGGAUUUUUUUCAUGUUUUUGACAGGCUGACGGUCGUUUUGAGGACUGCCCAUCUGUAUGAUCACGUUCCCAAACCGUGCAGAAACAAGUUAUCUAAAGCAUUGUCGGCUUUAUUGACGGCCGUUUGCGAUGAUCCCUGCGACGCGGCCCAUUGGUGCAGGCUCCAAUGUUUUUUCACAUUUGUUUUGUUCAAGCCCACCAGGGGCGGUCGCAGGACUAAUCAAGCCAAUUACGUUAUUAAACGUUGGAUUAGUGCAGUAACCAGUCGGAUUGAACAGGGCAGUCUCUCGGCGGCCGUCAGACUUGCUUAUUCGCCCGCAGGCCUGGCGGAGAGCUCGCCUGAGACACUCGCUAAACUCAAAGCUAUUCAUCCCAGUGCUCCAUUGAACAGGCGAGCUUUCCCCGCGCAGGAGCCGUCCAAUGGUCGCGUUUCACCAGCCCAGGUGUUGACGGCUUUAAAGUCGUUUAAUAAUGGUUCAUCGGGAGGCCUUGAUGGCUUGAGGCCUCAGCACAUAAAGGAUUUACUUUCCGGUCCGACGCCCACCGAUGAAUUGUUAAAUAACCUCACCCGGUUUGUAAAUUUGUUGUUAUCUGGGGUCUGCCCUCCCGCGGAACCGUCGGGCAUUGCGGCGCACGACGGUAAAAGCCCUGACGGGUGUACCUUGAUCCCUUGGAGAGCCGGCAGGUGCUCGGCGUGGGACGUUACCGUUCCGGGCACCUUUGCUGAGCGCUACGUGCAGCUUACUAGCAAAGAAAGCGGUUUGGCUGCAACCAGAGCAUCUGACAAGAAGAUCAAAAAGUACGACGGAGCUCUCCCCUCGAUGGAGUUUUUACCGAUUUGUAUCGAGGUCCUCGGCCCCAUGGACCGUAACACCUCCGGGUUUUUCAAUCGAAUUUGUAAAAAUAUCAGUAUUAGGUCAGGCGAUAGUAGGGAAUAUUUUUUUGCUAUGAAUAAUAUCUCGUGCAUCCUGCAGCGGUUUUUGCGCGUCUGUGUGUUGGAAAAUGUGGAGUUGAAUGCCGACGGGGUUGAGUGA